UGCCACUUUUUUGUUUUCUUUGUUUUGGGGCAACACAAACGGCGUCGUAACUUUUUAGUGGUCCCCCUUUUAUGGUCUUUUAUGCACAUUUACAGCUGUCAAAAUAUAUGUAGUUUUGCUAUCAGUUACAGCUGGGAAAUGAUACCAGAAUAAUAAGAUGAGACUGCAUAAAGAUCAAAAUGAACAUUUGUCAGCUGUCAGUCACCAAAACAGAUGAGAAAGAAACAGUGAAGUUAAGUGCACUGAAAGGAGCUGGCCUGUAGGGCUUUUCCCUAGCAAAGGAACCCUCUGGGUUUAACACUUCUUGGUGCCGUCCACCUUUGGGAUGCUUCCCAUGUCUUCAGUUAGUCCAGAAAGGGGAGAUGUAAAGGUCAUCCCUUUUUUGUGACUCCUUUUUAUAUCUGUUACUGGCAGUUGUCAAAAACACCCUGAGAAGGCAGCUGGUCUGAUUCACUCCAACCUAUUCUGGAACAUCUAAGGGUUUGUUUUAAGUGCCUGCAAAUUUUGCAGUUUUUUGUUUGUUUUUGACAGGCAACUAUAUGUGGAUUUCAUUGUUGGUAGUGAGUGAAGAGAAACUGCAUGGCCAGAAAGUAAGUGGAAGGAGAAUACAUCACAAACUUCUCUUCCAUUUAUUGCCUAGCAAUGAAGUUUACUUAUUUUCCUGUCAAAAAAUGUACAAAUCUUUUUUGGUAACCAUAUAUUAAGUUAAAAUAUAAGCAACAUUUUGGAAGGAUAUGUCUGUUAUUGCUUAAUAUUCAUUUCCUUGUGAUCUCAUCAUUUUCUAUUUUUGUAUUCUUUUGAAAGAAGAAACCAAUUUUGAACAUCUCAUACCCUUAGCAUCAACAUUAGAAUAUCAGAAGGAAGAGCAAAUAAUCUAGCUACAAAAAAUCUUUUGUUGCUGUUUCAAAUUAGAGGACAUUUAGCCCUGUAGUAUCUUUUCUGAGGCUCCGUAAGAGCUCUGGCAUCUGUACUGAAAUGUCCAAAAAUUAUUUUAGCAUAUGCCUGUUCUAGAGUGUUUUGCUUUUAGCAAUUAAUGUACUUGGAAAUGCCUGUGCAAGCUGUACGCUUUAUGAAAAGUCCUAAUGCCUGUUCUUGCUCAGAUAACUGAUAAUUCCAUCAUUUGUGUCAGGCUUGUUUCCAGCUUAGAACAAAGGAAAAGGGCUAAGUAGCCCAUGUACUUGGUUAUACAGAGCUCUAUCUUGACUUAUGUGACAUGACACAGGGAACGGGUGCAAGGAACAUGUGCUCCCUUUUCAUGUUUGUUUCUGUAUUGUCUCCAUUGAGACAUAGUGAUCUUAUCACUCUGAAACAGUUUUAUCAGUCUUUGCAGCUUUUGAAUUCAAAACAAAAUUCUUCCUAUGUUCCCACAUGAUAUUUCAGUUAGUUUUUAGGUUUCCUUGAUUUUUAUUCUGGAUUCAUGACCUGCUUUAGACCCUUCAGCUGAGCAUGCUGAGCUCUAGUACAUCAUAUUUCACUUCGUUGAAGCCAGGGUUCCCCAACCUGGUGCCCUCCAUGCUGUCUGGAUAUGAUGGGAAGGCACCAGGUUGAAGAAAGCCUUUCUAAGUUAUCUGUAGAUUUACAGAUGAUGUUCCAGUCUUUUUAUCUGGCCGGAAUCCAGACCUGUGUUUACAUAGGAGUCAAACGAUAAUAGAAAUAUCUCUGAAUUUAAAUUUGAUUAAUCAGAAACUGUAGGAUUCUUGGAAAAUGAAAGAACUAUAGCCAUCUUCCCCUCAUAGUUAAGACUUGUUAAUUAGGAGUGAAGCUUCCCCAGAUUGGAUGGAGCUGUACAGAAUGAGAUAUGGACUCUUACUAAAAUCAGUGAAAGAAGUGUUGGGUAAAUGGAACAACUUUAGAUAGGUAGCCCUGGUAUGAUUAACAUGAAUGUUUUGUCCAGAUUUUCUGUUGUUCUGUGAAAUAAAUGCAAACUCUACUAGAUAAUUUUAUUAUUAGAUUUACAUUACCUUUUCUCUUGUAAGGAUUCCGAGGUGGCUAGUGUGGCCUUCUUCCCCAUUUUAUCCUCACAACAACAACCCUGUGAGUGACCGUGUAACAUGCAAGCCCUCGAUCCUAGGGGGAGCUCUCCUGCUUUCCUUCAGCCUCAGAAUGGAAGCAACCAUAAAUCUUCUGGAUAUGUCCCAGGAAGGAUUGUCCCAUUUCGUCCACCACCUCCUCCAAAGAACCAAGCUUCAGCCAAAUUUACCUCUGCAGGACAAGAAGCUCAUACAGCAGUAGCCUCUUCAGCCGAUGAGCAGCGCUUUCAAGAAGCAAGCAGAAAGAAGAGGCAUAAAAAUACACUCAUUUGCUUUGUCAUGUCUAGCUUUUCAUUUUUUCUUGCACUUGGGAUUAUUUUGGGGAUUGCAUCAAAAUAUGCUCCUGAUGAGAACUGUCCAGAUCAGAACCCGCGUCUUAAGAACUGGAAUCCUGGACAUGACAGAGAAAGGAAAGUUGUCCUCCAAGAGGGAGAUUUGUACCGUUUGAAUGUGGAUGCUACCGUACAUUCUAUAGUUAUUCAGGAUGGGGGAAUGCUUGUCUUUGGUGAUGAUGAAAAAGGAUCCAGAAAUAUUACACUUCAGACACGUUUUAUCCUGAUCAAGGAUGGUGGGGCGCUUCAUAUUGGAGCAGAGAAAUGUCGUUAUAAAUCCAAAGCAACAAUUAUCUUAUAUGGCAAAAAGGACCAAGGUGAUUAUGUGCCGACGUUUGGGAAAAAGUUUGUGGGUGUGGGUCCUGGUGGAACACUGGAGUUGCAUGGAUCUCAGAAGUUAGCAUGGACUUCCCUGUCCAGGACAUUGUAUUCUUCAGGGCUGGCCUCUGGCUCAUAUACUUUUGAAAAGGAGUUUUUCCGAGGCCUGAUUGUGAGAAUUAUUGACCCAGAUGCUGCACAGAUUUUGGCAGUGGAGAGGUUUGAUACUCAUGAUUCUCAAAAUGAUAGCAGGAGACUUCAGGAUUUUCUAAGAACCCAAGAUUUUGGCCUCAUUGUCGCUAUUGUGGUGGGAGACUCAGUUGUUAAAAAUCUCCUGGAUGAAACCAGGACAACCAUACAGAAUCUUCUGGGAAGUAAGCUCAUCAAAGGAUUGAGUUACAGGCAGGCCUGGGCUUUAGUUGGUGUAAUUGGUGAUAGAAAUUCAUCUUGUAACGAAUCUGUGAGAGAGUAUGAAAAUGGCAGCACAGGAGGCAAGGCUAUUGCACAAAAAGAAUUUUUUACAAUGGAUGGGCAGAAGUUUGUUGUGAGAGCUUUCAGUGAAUGGAGUGCUGGUGUUCCAAGAUGUGGUUUCCAGGUUGAAGUGAUAGAUGGAGUGAUACUGCAUCUGUCAGAAGAUGUUAGUACCUGGAAGCCUGAAGAUCAGAUUGUUGUUGCAAGUACUGAUUAUUCUAUGUACCAGGCAGAAGAAUUUACCCUCCUUCCUUGUCCAGAAUGCAACAGAUUUCAAGUCAAAGUUAAAGAAACUACUCAGUUCCAUCAUACAGGAGAAAUCAUUGACGGAGUGGACAUGAGGGCUGAGGUUGGAGUUCUCACCAGGAACAUCUUAAUAAAGGGGGAGAUGGAAGAUUCCUGCUACACUGGCAAAGAAUGCCGGUUUUUCAAUUAUGAUACUUUUGGUGGACAAAUCAAGAUUUUGAAGAAUUUCACAUCUGUUCACCUCUCCUAUGUGGAACUCAAACAAAUGGGUCAGCAGGUUCAUGGAACUUACCCAGUUCAUUUUCACCGCUGUGGAGAUGUGGAUGAGAAGGGAGGAUACAGCUACCGAACUUAUGUAGAAGGUCUUUCUAUUCAUCAUUGUUUCUCUAGAUGUGUGACUAUUCAUGCAACAAAUGGCUUGCUGAUAAAGGACACCAUUGGUUAUGACACACUGGGCCACUGCUUCUUCAUGGAGGAUGGCAUCGAGCAGAGGAAUACGCUGUUUCAUAAUCUUGGACUAGUCACUAAACCAGGCACGCUUCUUCCAACGGACAGGAAUAGUACAAUGUGCUUGGCCAUGCGGGAUCAUGUCUAUGGGAAUUAUGAGCCGGUGCCAACCACAGACUGCAUGGCUGUUUCAACAUUUUGGAUUGCUCAUCCCAAUAAUCACCUAAUAAAUAACGUAGCAGCAGGUUCACAGGAUGCUGGAAUAUGGUACAUAUUUCACAAGGUGCCUACAGGAGAUUCUCAUGGAUUGUUUCCUGAAACCAAGGCUGAACUUACCCCUCUAGGAAUUUUCUAUAACAACAAGGUUCACUCCAACUUUCGGGCCGGUUUAUUUAUUGAUAAAGGUGUGAAAACCACCAAUGCAAGUGCUGCAGAUAAAAGGGAAUACCUGUCUUUGGACAAUAAUGCAAGGUUUCGACCUCAUCAGGAUGCAGAUCCCGAGAAGCCACGAGUUGCUGCUUUCAUAGACAGACUAAUUGCUUACAAAAACAAUGACCACGGAGCUUGGGUCAGAGGGGGGGAUAUCAUCAUUCAGAACUCCGGGUUUGCUGACAAUGGGAUAGGUUUAACCUUUGCCAGUGAUGGAAGUUUCCCAAGUGAUGAAGGCUCCAGUCAGGAAGUCUCGGACUCUCUGUUUGUUGGUGAAAGCAAGAAUUACGGCUAUGCAGGUGGCCAAAACAAAUACUGGGGAACUGGAGGAGUAAACAAUAAAACUCGUACUCUGCCUAGAAACCGGACUUAUCCAAUCAGAGGCUUUCAGAUUUAUGAUGGACCUAUUCGCCUCACCAAAUGCACAUUCAGUAACUUUGUGCCAACUCCAGACAGAUUCACAAGUGCAAUUGGGUUCUUGAUGAAAAACACCUGGCAAAUUACACCUCAGAACAAUAUAUCUUUAGUGAAGUUUGGUGAAAAUGUUUCUCUGAAAGUCUUUUUUGGUAAGCCUGGCCCUUGGUUUGAAGAGGCUGAUCUUGAUGGUGACAAGAACUCAAUAUUCCAUGAUGUAGAUGGAUCUGUGACUGAAUACAAGGACACCUAUGUUGGUAGAAUGGAUAACUUCCUGAUUCGACAUCCAGACUGUAUUAAUUUUACCAGGUGGAAUGGUGUGGUCUGCAGUGGAAACUAUGCACAGGUGUAUAUCCAGACACGAAAUCCACAGAAUCUUACCAUGACUAUGGUGCGGGAUGAAUAUCCUUCAAACCCGAUGAUCCUGAGAGGAAUUAAUAACCAAAAAGCGGAUUUUCAGCAAUACCAGCCUGUGGUGAUGCUCCAAAAGAGCUACACAAUACACUGGAGUGGACAGGCCCCUCAAACAACCUUUCUUUACCUCAUUAACUUCAGCAAGAAUGACUGGAUUCGGGUAGGUCUCUGUUACCCUCCAGACACUUCCUUCCAAGUAACCUUUGAUGAAUUCCAAAGGCAGGCAUCUGCUUACUCUAACGUGGAAGACUAUGUUCCUGUAUCUUCAAUGGCCGAAUUGCAGAAGCGUCGAGCAGAGAAAUUGUUUUAUUUUGACAACAGCACUGGGCUCCUGUUUUUGUUUCUUCAAGCCAAAAACCACAGGAAUGGCCACAGUUACUGUUCAUCUCAGGGAUGUGAAAGAAUCAAGAUACAAGCCACCUUUCAGUCAAAGCCUGCCAGUAACUGCUUGAAGAACGCUUAUCCAAAGUACUUCCAGAGGCCAACGGUUGUGACAAGAAUGCCCAAGAAAAAUACUGGCCUGUGCCAAAAAUGUGGCUCAACUCAGAUGGCAUUUACCAGUGAUCCUCAUAAAUCCUACCUCCUUGUGAAAAUACAGUCCUCCGAUCAGGCAGAAUCACAGAGGAAUCAAGGCUCUUCUGUCUCGGUCAACGGCGUCACGUUUCCAUUGAGAGGUGUGGGUGUACUUACCCUAGCCAUUGAUGCUUGUACUGGCAAAGUAACAAAAGAAACAUUUUUCCCUGAAGUGAACAUCAAGCGCCUAGAUGAUCAUAUAAGAACUGGAAUUCCCCAGAGGUCUAUAGUUAUAUUAAGCACCGCUGGAAAGAUAAAAAGUCUUAACAUUUCACAAACCUUAAUGACCCUGGGAGCAGCAAAACCAGCAAGUCUUCAGAACACAGGGCAGAUUAGUUUUCUGGGCUUUAGAGGAAACUUUAAACCAUCUUGGAUAAAACUAUUUACCAGUCCUGCAGGGCAGGGCUUAGGUCAAAUUGAAAAGUAUAUUCCUUUGCAGCUGGAAGAGUAUGGUUGUGUCAGAGUGAACACUGGCCGGCGGAAAGACUUGGAACUUUUAAAGCAGGCUAUAAGAACACAGUAGAAAUUUGAGGGUGCAUGUGAGCACUGAAGACAAUGUGAACUAAUUUAUUUAUUUUAUGGGAUUUUAAAAUGUACUAUUAUCCAAAGUACAUCACUUCGCUGUUUUGAUAUGGACAUAUGCCUAUGUUGAAUGCUUGAAUGCCAUUCUGUGCACCUUUGGAUUGUAUAAAAUAUUAAAAAAUUAAAGUAUUUGUUAAAAUACAUGGGGGGGGUGGGAUGCCUCUGAUGUUUGUCCUUAUAAAAAGCCUUUUGUCUUCUA